AUGGUUAUCAACUCGCUGAUAGAACAGAACAAGUGGGGUCGGGCGGGGAGCCUCAACCGCAUCCAAACUCUCCCACGAUCUCAAAAACCCAAAACAUCACAUACGCCAAUUGAGCAUCGCGUGCCCCAUUAUCCACAAGAAGACGCAAAGCAACGAGCCUCGAGCCUUGAAAUCCGGCGAGGAGGCAAUUGCCCCAACUCGCUCGAGGUGCUCCAGCAGCUUGUCGGGCCGCAAGAUGCCCUUCGCAUGUACUUGGUGUCACCACUUCCGAGCAAAUCAUCGCUCGCUACGCAGCAUAUCAAGGAGUCCUUUGGUGAGUCGUCGCCCGUGGGCUUCCGGCACUGCCUUUACCGAGAGACGCACACCCAAGCAGCCAGCAGUUACAUCUUUCGUAGCAAGCAGACGGGAAGCCGUACCAUCAUAAACUACAAUGACCUACCAGAAAUGACAGUUGACGAGUUCGAGGCCGUUGUGCGGAGAUUCAAUCCUAGCGAUGAGACCUGGUGGCACUUUGAAGGCCGCAUACCCAAUACUACGUUAGAGUGCGUCCGCAGGCUGCGUGAUAAGCUGCCAAACGCACAAAUCAGCGUCGAAGUCGAGAAGCCGGGCAGAGACGGGCUUCGAGAACUCGCAGCCGAGGCCAACGUGGUCUUCUAUUCCAGAUCCUGGGCAGAGAGCUGCGGUCAUGGGUCUGCCGAAUCGUGUCUCGUGGACGAGCAACGACGACGGGAAGCGUAA